AGACCUCAUCUGACUGAACGUUCACAAGCAGCUUCUCCAAGGGGUUUCUCCAGGUUCCUAUAAUGGAAACCAUCUCUCAGGAACGCAGGAAUUUGGGAAGAGCUCUGUGCAUCAUCACAGGAGCUUCCAAAGGUUACGGCCGGACGCUGGCCUUACAGCUGAGCUGCCUGUUGAAGUCCAGGUCCGUUCUUAUUCUGGUGGCCAGAACGGCCGAUCAGCUGAACAAAGUGAAAGAGGACAUCAUGGCUUUGAACAAGGGACACAAAAAGCUGUUUGUCCGUUGUGUGCAGGCAGAUUUAGAGAAGACGGACGGGGUCCAGAAGACCAUUCAGGCAGCUAAAGAAACAUCUUCAUCUGAGAUGGACCACGUGCUUCUCAUCAACAACGCAGCAUCACUGGGCGAUGUGUCUCGGCUAGCGUCGUCGUUCACGGACCCGGCUGAGGUCAACCGUUAUCUGUCUCUCAACGUAAGCUGUGUGCUCAGCUUGACAGCCGGUGUCUUACAAGCAUUUCCUCAUCGUGUCGGUCUCCAGCGGACGGUGGUCAACAUCAGCUCUUUGUGCGCGCUGAAGGCUCUUCCGUCAUGGGUUCUGUACUGUACCGGUAAAGCGGCCCGUGACAUGAUGUUUCGGGUGUUGGCGGAGGAGGAACCUGAUGUCAGAGUGCUGAGUUAUGCUCCAGGUCCUCUGGACACAGACAUGCAGCUUCAAGCUCGCUGUUUCUCUGGAGACCUGAAGAUCCGUCUGUCGUUCUCCUCGAUGUUCUCUGAAGGACAGCUGCUCUCCUGCGAGGAGUCCGGGGACAAACUCAUGAAACUUCUGCUGAAUAAUGAAUACCCGUCUGGGGCCCAUAUAGACUUCUAUGAGUUAUAGAACAACAUUAAAAUCACACAAUUAUUUAUCAUGUAUUUAUUUGUAAAUUAAAGUAAAAUGAAUCACACAACAUUUAGUCUUUGUAGUUCACAUGUUUAAUUCUUUGUCUUUCAGUAAGGUUAAUGGCCGUUUGACACAGACUAUUUUAAUAAAACAAUGUACAACAUUCCGUGUUGUACAGUAAAUUCCAUUUUUGUGCUUGGAUUCCAUGAUUCUGUCCACAUUUUCCACAUUGCGGAAAUCAUAGUGCCCUACACAGUGCUUUUC